GUCCUGCUGUGCCGCGACUCCAAAGAGAACCAGGAGGUGGCGGUGAAGGUCAUCCGAGACGUUCGAAGGUAUGCUGAGAACGCCAAGAUCGAAGCUGAUAUUCUCAGGGAUAUCAAGAAGGCAGAUCCACAUGGCAGGAGAACCAGGAGUGCCAUUAUGCUGGACACUUUCCUCUUCAAUGGGCACUUUUGCCUGGUCUUCGAGGUUUGUGGCUGUUCACUCUAUGACUUUCUCAAAGAGAACGACUUUCGAGGCUUUUGGAUGGAGGAUAUCCAGCAGUUUGCAGAGCAGUCCCUGGAUGCCUUGGGUUUCCUGCACAGUCGUCUUCAGAUGACUCACACGGAUUUGAAACCCGAGAACAUCCUGCUGGCGGCCAACGCGCCGCCGCGACGGAGCGAUUUCCCACGAGAGGACGCCUGGAAGGAGAAGAACAAAUCUUCAAAGCAUCAUGCGUAUUUUCGACCUGUGAGCGCUGACAUUAAGCUGAUUGACUUUGGCAAUGCCACGUACGAAGAUGAGCAUCAUUCCUCCAUCAUCAACACGAGACAAUACAGAGGUCCUGAGGUGAUUCUCUCGAUGGGCUGGAACGAGCUUUCAGAUGUUUGGUCCAUGGGAUGCAUCCUCAUGGAACUCUACACCGGGGAGCUCCUCUUUGGGACCCAUGAGAAUUUGGAGCAUCUGGCGCUGAUGGAGAAGAGCUUGGGAGACUUCCCUUCCAAGAUGUUGUCACAAGCCACUGGCGCGUCCAGGGACAAGUACCUCACGAGAGACAGACAUGGCGGAUGGAAGCUGAAUUGGCCGGCUGGGGCGCAGUCCCGCUCGUCGGAGAAGCAUGUGACCAACCAGUUGCCGCUGGGAAAGAUGGUGCCCUCGAAACAUGCUGCCUUCGCGGACUUCAUAGGGCGCUUACUUGUCUUCGACAAGAGCAGUCGGCCAACUGCCAAACAGGCAUUGAACCACCGGUUCCUGAAAGAGUCUCUCCCCGAGUGA